AUGUUCGCACGUAAUGCCGAUUAUUCGGCCGGGUGAGGGACUAAUUAUUCGGUAUUCGGCCAAAACUACUAUUCGGGGCACCUGUAAUAUAAGCAUAUUUACACAUAUUGAUUAUAUUCAUAUCGUAAUAAUAUUAAAUCCUUGUGAUAAUUUGCCAAAUCGUUUCAUUUUCUUAGUAGUCUUGUCACACACACACAAAUCUUUAACUCGUCUUUUAAAAAUUUAAAGCACAGCCAAUACAAUUUAAAUGUUUAUAAAUCUUCAGUGCGUUCAACUCAGGAUCUUAAAAAAGAAAGCCGAAGCAAGGUCAGGACUACGUCAGUAGGUCACUGGGCCCACAACGCAUAAUAAUGCUCACCGGAUAUGUGUCCAUGUCAGAACUGACGCUACUUUCAAACUAUACACACCCUGUAUCGUCUAACAAUGAGCCAUUAACGUUGUUGCCGUAGACAGUGAAGUGUUAAAUUUACGAAGAGAUUGUGCCAAGGAAUUGUGAAACAAUGAAGUGUGACUUACUGCUAGUGACGGUUUUGAUAAUUAGUGUAAAAGCAGCGCCGUAUAUAUCGAAACCAGAACCUUGGAAGCAAACAAACCAGCAGUUAGAUCAAUCGAUGUUGAACCAAAUAUCUCAACAGUUAUUGGAGCAAUGGAUUCUGCAAAAUCAAUACAAUUCAAUGCAGCAACAGCUGAUGGCAAUGCAGCAUUUGCAUGCUAUGAAGAAACCUCAAUACGACCCAGCACCAUCCUUAUUUAAUGUACCUCAGCAACCGCUUUUAAUAUUAGUGCCCAGUACGAUUGAGAAAACUACGAAUCGAGUCGAAAACCACAACGAAAAUAAUGAACCAGAUUUCAAAAUUGGAAUUGGAGAUGCUGACUCAGUUGUAAUUAACGCUGAGAACGAAGCAAAUAUCCCUGAAACAAGCAUAUCUCCCCAAAGAGCUGUUGUAGUGUUACCGAAUGGCCAACGAUUAAUAAUAGGUAGUAUAAUAUCUGCUAUACCGUUCUUACCGUUUGAAGUUAAUGUACCAGAUACCAUUGGCUGGAUUUAUAAUGGUAUAGCUGGUAUCAUUGGAGGAAUAGGUCAAAGGUUACCAUUCAGACCUAAACCGACAACGGAAAGUCCAGUUCAGCAAAAUCAGGAAUCAAGAACACAAGAAUACAUGACACCAAAUCAAGAGUCAAUACUUGCUCCAGAAACAGGGAUGACUUCAACACAAGUGACCAGAAUGAAGCUGAUGCAGAAGCUAAUGUCCAGGAGGCCGAAUGUGGGUAUGCCGAUAUUAAUGUUGCCUAUGACACAGACUAUUCCAAUACAACUGCAACUAUAAAUAAAGUUAUAGAAGUUCGUCAAAGUAUGUUUUUAUCCAUUUAAUUAUCAAGUGAGAUGCAUUGAACAUUAAGAUGUUCUAGUGUUGGUACGUAUAAAUGUAUUUUUGCACACCCAGCAGCACUUCGGAAUUUGCAAAUUAUUAAGUCGUUAAAAUUGUUUUAGUUUUGGGAGUCAGUCACUUACUUAAAAACUGUUGCCUACGCUAAUUAUUGAGACCCUGAAUGGCUAUGAGCCGUGGCAAAAACCGGAUCAACUUUAUUAGUAUAACAGUUAGGUUAUUUAAUUUUUAAUUUAAU